AGCAUUUCUCCUACAGAGAAGUCUCCAGGAAGCAGCAUGUCCCUUUUGCUCUUUGGGGCUGGGUUGGUGUUUCUGAGUCUGACUCCUGCUAGCAGCCAGAAGACACUGACUGGCCAACCACUCUUCGCGGCAGCUGAUCGACAUGACUUUGCUAUCAUGAUCUCUCCAGGAGGUGCAGAAUGCUUUUGGCAAUUUGCCUACCAGGCUGGAUACGUCUAUUUCAAUUACGAGGUUCAGCGGACGCUGGGAAUGUCACAUGACCGGCACAUUGCUGCCACAGCACACACCCCACAGGGUAUCCUCAUAGAUACUUCCCAAGAUGUUCGGGGGCAGAUUAACUUCUCUACUAAAGAGACAGGUUUUUAUCAACUUUGUCUAAGUAACCAGCAAAAUCACUUUGGUUCUGUGCAAGUGUACCUCAAUUUUGGAGUUUUCUAUGAGGGGCCUGAGAUGGAACAUCAACAGCAAGAAAGGAAACAACUGAAUGACACUCUGGAUGCAAUUGAGGCGAGUACACGAAAGGUACAGAAUAACAUCUUCCACAUGUGGCGUUUCUACAACGUUGCCCGAAUGAGGAAAAUGGGUGACUUUUUCCUUCUGCAAUCAAAUUACAACUAUGUGAACUGGUGGUCGACAGCCCAAAGUCUUGUUAUUGUUCUUUCUGGGAUACUGCAGCUUCAUUUCUUGAAGCGUCUCUUCAAUGUUCCAACAACUGCAGACACUAAGAAGCCAAGAUGCUAAGCUACGGCAGGAGCAACACCCCAACUCUCCUCUCAUGGGACAGAACCUUAUCCAAUCAGCUGUGGCAAAGUUACGGAGUGGGAAGGUUGCGGGGGGAAUCAACUUAAUGCUUUAGUCUACUGUGCUCACCUGCAAAGGCAAAAUGGCAAUAAAAUAGUGACAAGGGAAAGGCUCCGAGGUUGGUUAUUUUCCAGAUAUGUUUUAAAUGCUAUUAUCAAAAAUGCUGUUCACUACUUCGUCCUUUGAACAAAAGCUGCAAAAGGCAGAGGGUUGAAAAUAAUGGGAUAAAAUCAAGUUUGCUUACAAAGAAAAACAAGUGUUGGUGGAGUACCUUUCUUUAAAAGUGAAAAAGUGCUUAAUUUUUAGAGGUAUCUUGUUUGGAAUUAUUAAAAAGCAUUCAUUUAAAAAUUAUUAUUACAAUACAGGUAAUCUGUAAAUGUUACUGAUUUUAAAUAUAGAUUUUCAUAAACUAAUUUUGCGAAGUGAAGGGUGAAGAAGUUGAACUGUGAUUUCAGAGUCUGAUUUGUGCUUUUGAUCCAAUCUGAUCCAGUCCAGUCAGGCAAAUGGUUUGUAAAAAAGAUUACAUUUUAUGAACCAAAGUGAUAGAAAAAGUCAGCUGAGGAUCAUUCAAGAUAAAAAAACAAACAAAAAACCCUUAUAAUAAAAUUACACUGACAAGACCUUAUACUUACUAAAUAUGCAACAAGUCAACAGAAAAAUAACUUUUACCACUUAAUCAAACUUGUUAUUUUCCAGGCUUUGACAAGAAGCUUUAAAAACAUGAUUUGUAACUUUAUGUAAAAAUUAUUCUCCAUAUAGUUGGUAGGUAGUAAA